AUGUUUUCACCUGAGAAUGUAAUGGAUCCUAAACCCCAGCCUGAUGAACUCAAGCAUCUUACAACUAUUGAACAACAACUUAUAUGUAGGAUAUCACCAUGUAUUAAUGUACACAUGCUCAAACAUGGGGGAAUUGCAUCUAGUGGUCAUUGUGUUACAUUUCCACAAGAACUUAAUGAACCUGCCCAAAUAUUUCCAAGGUUGCCAAAUGAAAUAAAUAUACUUAAAGUUAGAAAAUUAGGCUUAAAUCAUUCCAGCAAAGAAUUCAGGGUACGGCGGAAAAAAAUCCAACUUGCUCUUGAAUGGUUAAAGAACAAUAAUCCUGCAUAUGCAGACAUCAAAAUUUGUAAAGAGAGAUUAAGUCUUUUACCUGAAGACGGAGAACUUACAGAUAUACCAACUGCAGAAUAUAAUUCAUCGGUUUCUCAUUUGAAUGACCUUGGGCCUGCUCCUGAUCAAAUACAACCUGGAGAGAUUGAUGGUGAAACUGCAUCUUCUGUUCUUCUGCCAGAUGUACCAAUCAAUUUACAAGAAAAAGUUACCAAUAUAGUCAAAGAUGUUGUUGGUGAAAGUCAUGGGGAGGUUACAGUGAACAAAAAGGGCACUGUAACAAUUCCAUGGCCAACACGCGACAACAAUCCUUUGUCUGAAUUUACAACACAGUACUUUUUUACAUUAGCAUUCCCUUGUCUUUUUCCAUACGCGACAGGGGAUUUUCACAUUAAUCGUCCUGUAACAUGUACAUCAUUAGCAAACUGGGCUGACCAUUUACUCUGGUAUGAAGACGGAAGAUUUGCAAGUCAUCAUUAUUUUAAAUUUGUAGUACAUAAUAUGAUUAUGAGAAAAGCAGCAAUUGAAAAGGGUAACUUUAUUAUAAGGCAACAAUUAGGAGAUCAGCAUUUUUCAAUUGAAGACCUUCGUAAUAAAAUACAAAAUGGGGAUUAUUCUUUAUCAAACAAAAUAGUAUAUUUAAGUGCAACACUCCGUGGCACAAGUCAAUACUGGGCACAGCGUGCAAAAGAACUUCGUUCUCUGUCACAAUAUCAGAUUAGUAAAGGCCAUGGUUUACCAUCUUUUUUCACAACUGGUAGUUGUGCAGAGUACCACUUUAAACCACUCAAAAGAUUGUUACAAAUGUAUAAAAAGGACGCAACUGGUGAAGAAAUAAAUCUAAAUGAUCCUGCUUUACUUUUUGAGACAUUGCAGCAGAACACCCAUAUAGUAGCUCAUUACUUUGAUUUACGUACAACUUCUUAUUUUCGCGAGGUUAUGGGACCUGUCUUUGGUGUCGACACUUAUUGGUACCGCCAAGAGUUUGCAAAAUCUCGAGGCAUGAUUCAUUGGCAUGGUCUUUGCUGGCGAUCAGACAGAGAACCACAUAAUUUAAUACAUGAAGCUUUGAAAGCAGGUCUGUCUGAUGAUCAAUGUGCUGUUGAAAUAGAAAAUUGGGCAAAAAUACAGUUAGGAAUGACUGCCAGUCACCCUGCCGGCAAAGAUGAUAAUGGACAGCCAAGAAAAGACCUUUGGCCACCCCCUGAAGGUACAGCCCCAGCUCCGUUGGAGAGCAAAAAUCCUCUUGUAAAAUUGUUAAUGGAUGUAAGCCAGUCACAAGAAUCACUACUUGAGGAUAAAAAUGGAUCUCUACGUAUUGAAAUGACAAGAGACCAUCCAAUGCUUGUACAACAUUCUAGGUAUCAUACACAAGGCUGGAGAGCUAAUGGUGACAUUUCAUUGGUUCUUUCUAAAAGUCCACCAGAUAACCCUUCAGUAGAUGAAAUAAUUGCUACAGAAAAAUAUAUUACUGGUUAUGCAUGUAAAGGCAAUCAGCCAACAGGUGCUAUUUCAGAUCUUUUUAAUGAUAUGGUACACACUUCAGAUGAGUCUAGUGGAUCCAAUGCCAAGUCCAUCUGCACCAAGGUUUUGAUAAAUACCGUAAAAAGAGACGUUUCAUCUGUUGAAGUUUCGUUCGAACUAUCGUCACUUCCUUUGUAUAGAAGUAGUCAUACAUUUAAAUCUGUCAGUUUAUCAGGUGCUCGUGUCCUUGAAAAGGAUGGCCAAGCAAUUUCAAGAAACAAUGCUCUUGACAAAUAUCUGUUUAGAGAUAAAAACAAAAAUGUAUCUUUUUAUGAAUUUGUCUGUGAAGGUGGUAAAGUUCCUGUUUUCUCAGGCUGUACAAUCAAUGCAACUUGGCCACUGGAAGAAGAGUACUGUAGAACAAUGCUUUUUCUCCACUGGCCAAGUUGGCGACACAUUUCCGAUAUCAAAGAUGAAAAUUUAACAUGGUGUCAAAAAAUGAGUCAGUUCUUGUGUAGUGACAAAUGCCCAAAUUUUGUUAAAGCUGAUGUAGAAAGGGCUAAACGCAAACAAUGUCCAAUUAAUGACAAUGAAAGUGAUGAUGAAUUAUCUAUUUGUUCCCAACAGCCUGACUGGAUGGAGGCUAUUAGACCAAAUUUUGAAUUUGAAAGUCCAGUAACAGAUUUCAAUUAUGAUGAUGGAGGUGAUUCUUUUUAUUGGAGUAAAACAAAAUGUCAAUAUCCUGAUGAUCUUGGUAAUUCCUGGAUACAAAAUUUGACCGAUCAAUUAGAUGAUGAAAAUGAAUCGUUGAAAAUACCAGAUGUUGAUCUAAGUACAAUGAACCAUGAGCAAAAUUUUGCAUUUAAUAUUAUAAUGAACAAAAUUCUAGAAAUCUCAAAUAAAAGUAAAGAUUUUCAACCAUUAAGAAUGAUUGUUACUGGUACUGCUGUGUCUGGAAAAUCAUACUUGAUAAAAUGCUUAGUCAAAUCAAUUAGAUCAUACUUUGGUACAAAUAAAUCUGUUCAAGUUAUUUGUCCUACAGGAAAUAGUGCAAACAUAAUUGCAGGUGUUACAUUACACAGCUUUUUAAAAGUCCCAACAAAUUAUAAAGAUCCCCCAAUAUAUGACUGCAAGAAUUCUUUACCGGCAGCACUACAUGGUUUACUUGUUUGGAAAGAAUUUUCUGUAGCUGUUGCCCUUAAGACAAUUGUCCGUCAAAAUAAUGAAGAAGAUGAAUUUCGUAAUGUUCUGUUGUCUCUCAGAGAAUAUAGGCUAAUAUCUAGUCAAUCACAAUGGUUACAAAACUUUCAGUGGCAAACUUUGAAAAAGAAAUAUGGUGAUAAAUUCAUUAGCAACCUUUCUGCACAUGCGCUACAUGUUUUUCCUACACAUGACCAAGUUUGGGAACACAACAAAGAAAAGAUAUUAGAUGUUAACAAAUAUUUUCCAAUUGCAAAACUCGAUGCAAUCUGUAAAGGUCCCCAUUCUAAAUCAGCAAGUAGUGCCAAAUCCAAUGGCCUCUUACUUAGCAUAUACAUAUGUGAAAAUGCUAGAGUUAUGCUAACAGUGAACCUAUGUGUGAAAUAUGGACUAUUCAAUGGAGCCAUUGGCACAGUUUUUGAUAUUGUAUAUCCCCCUAAUAAAAUGCCAACAGAAUGUUUGCCAACUGUGGUUAUGGUACAAUUCCCAAACUACACAGGGCCUGCAUUUAUACAAUCACACCCUAAAGUCAUUCCACAAGUUCCUGUAGAGAGGCGAAUUGACUGUGCCUGUCACACAUGCAAGCGGAAGCAAAUCCCACUACGUCUAGGUUGGGCAUUAACAAUUCACAAAUGCCAAGGAAUGACUGUUGGCGAAGGUGAAUGCCAUAGAUAUAUUGUAAUCUAUCCUGGCACACGUGCUUUUGAGUCAAGAAAUCCUGGCGCUUUGUUUGUAGCACUUUCAAGGGCAAAGUCUGCUGGUAAUGCAACUAGGGAGCCCGAUUUUGCUUGGCAUUCAUCGGUAUUAGUCAACGAAGACAGACUUUGCCAUGUUGUUAAUACAAACAGAGUAAAAGCCCGAUCAUCUGAAAUUGCAAGAAUAGAAUCCUUAUAUGUAGUUAGUUCUAUGUCAUUUACAGAACAAGCACCAUCUUACACCCCGGCGUGCAAGAUGGAGUAUUCCAUCACUGGUGAAAUGGUCAGAAAUCCCAGUCUGGUAUGCAAGAAGAAAAUACCAGGUUUGAAGAUAACUCAGUUGCUUGAAAAGUCUGAUAUUUUAGGGUUGUAUCAGGGGUCUUUCAAUGGGGGUAUAAAGGAACGUCCAAAAGUGUUAGAUAUUUUUUCAGGGUACAUCAGGGAUCUUUUCAGGUGGGGAUAUUAA